CACUGGUCUCAUCAGCUGCAACAAUACAUUGUAUUUAAUAUUCUAGUUAACAAUUUAAGAGCAGAUCAAAUGGCUCUAGAAACCCUUUCAUUGGAGUUAACCAACCAUCUCAAACAGCUUUAUCACGCCUAUCGGCACACCAAAGAUAUCAACCAAAAAGGCAACUUCUUUUCUUCUGUCUGCCACCAGGUGUGCCGGCCACAGCCAUCAUUUGCAGCGCGCAAUAGAGAGACUAUUGUGCGGUAUCUCCAUGAAUCUGCAGACAAGGGCACUACCGACGAAACAAGCAACCAGUCGAAGAAGGGCUAUUACACAAUCCGACCCCUGCGAGAAGAUGAGUUUGAGUUUGGGACUGAUGAACAAGUUGCACCAGCUGGCUUUGCGACAGUAAGCGAGCUUAAGCAAAAAGCGGAAACCGAGGGUUGGGUGGGUAUGAGAGUUGAUCUGUGGGACGUUGAGGUAGGAAAAGAAGACAGUGAACAGCGACUAAUUAAGGUACAUUAUUGGUGGAGAAAAGAGGAAGAUGGCUGGAUACAAAUUCUGCAUGAUAUUCUAUCCAUAGGACCCAGGGAUGGGACCGAGGGCAGCGAGGGAGACGUGCUUGAGUGAUGAUCUUGUAACACCCCGAGUUUACUUCAGAAGUUAUUAAAGUUCCAUCACGUCUUAAAUAAGACCAUUAC